AUGCUCCAGCGCCCCUCUUCCCCCUCCACCGCGGGCCCCUCGCGCGCCGCCUCGUCCUUCGCCCCCUCGCUCCUCUCGUCGUCGUCGACGGCGUCCCUCCCCGCCGCGGCGCCCGAGCCCGGGUCGAUCAAGACGCACGCGCACGUCGUGCGCGCGUUCAUGGCGCCCGGCAACCUGUCCGACCUGCAGAUCCGGCUCAUCCUCGAGAGCUACGUCGCCUACAAGCUCGCGCACGGGCGCAACAAGUGGCAGAUGAGCGCAAAGCUCCUGCGGCUCGAGUACUCGUUCCCCGCGCACGCGCGCGUCCACCGCAUCGUGCGCGCGUAUUUCGAGAUCCCGGAGAGCGCGUACGCCGUCCGCCUGUUCACUGCCGGCCUCGCGGCCACCGCUGAGGCCGAGCUCGAGGCCGGUGUCGACCGCGAGAACGAGGACGGAGAGUGGGCCCCCGUCCCGCCGCCCGCGUACAAGUGCAAGCCGCCCGGCUACGCCUGUGCUGGCAUCGAGCCGGCGCCGCCCACCUACGCGACUAAGCCAGUUGUCAAGGUCGAGCCCGUGCCGCCAAAGAUCGACGCGUAG